UUCCUGCACAUGAAUUUCCGCUCACUAUCCCCACGCUGUAGCGUUUAUCAAGCUUCAUUCAGUGGGCACAAUAUUGUAAGGAAAUUAGCGAAUCCUUCAACAAAAUGAGGCCUUUAACAGACGACGAGACAAAAACGAUGUUUGAGAAACUCUCCAAAUACAUUGGUGAGAACAUCAAACACCUGGUGGAUCGACCCGAUGGGACAUAUUGCUUCAGACUUCACAAUGACCGUGUAUAUUACAUCAGUGAGACAAUUCUGAAGUUGGCUACCAACAUCUCCCGUGAUAAGUUGGUGUCGGUGGGCACCUGCUUUGGGAAGUUCACCAAGACCAUUAAGUUCCGCCUGCACAUCACAGCACUGGAUUUUCUGGCACCAUAUGCCAAGUUCAAGGUGUGGGUUAAGCCUGGGCAGGAGCAGUCCUUCCUCUAUGGGAACCAUGUGUUGAAGUCUGGUCUGGGGAGGAUCACAGAGAACACCAACCAAUACCAGGGUGUGGUGGUGUAUUCCAUGGCAGACGUACCGCUGGGUUUUGGAGUGGCAGCCAAGUCCACCCAGGAGUGCAGGAGAGUGGACCCCAUGUCCAUCGUUGUGUUCCACCAGGCAGACAUCGGAGAGUUCAUCAGGUCUGAGGACACGCUUACAUAAGGAGUCAUCAAACUGGACUAUCAAUUAUCUCCUCGGGGACCACCCUACAACCUGGACUAUCAAUUAUCUCCUCGAGGACCACCCUACAACCUGGACUAUCAAUUAUCUCCUCGGGGACCACCCUAGAGGGUUGGGAGGUACAGCUAUGUGACUGAUGGUCCCUGAGAGGUUUGGGGAGACCCUGGUCUUCAGGAUAUGAUUGUGUAUUUCCCUCUAAUUACCAAGGGGCCAGUGACUGUCUGGAGUUUCAUCAAGCUGUCAGCGACCAACAUCCGUCACUAUGGCUGAGUGACUUAUUAAUCUACCCAACAUCCCUGUCACUAUGGCUGAGUGAUUUAUUAAUCUACCCAACAUCCCUGUCACUAUGGCUGAGUGAUUUAUAUUAAUCUACCCAACAUCCCUGUCACUAUGGCUGAGUGAUUUAUUAAUCUACCCAACAUCCCCGUCACUAUGGCUGAGUGACUUACAGUCAGCUACCCAACAUCCCCGUCACUAUGGCUGAGUGACUUACAGUCAGCUACCCAACAUCCCUGUCACUAUGGCUGAGUGAUUUACAUCUAACCCAACAUCCCUGUCACUAUGGCUGAGUGAUUUAUUAAUCUACCCAACAUCCCUGUCACUAUGGCUGAGUGACUUACAGUCAGCUACCCAACAUCCCCGUCACUAUGGCUGAGUGAUUUAUAUUAAUCUACCCAACAUCCCUGUCACUAUGGCUGAGUGAUUUAUUAAUCUACCCAACAUCCCCGUCACUAUGGCUGAGUGACUUACAGUCAGCUACCCAACAUCCCCGUCACUAUGGCUGAGUGACUUACAGUCAGCUACCCAACAUCCCUGUCACUGGCUGAGUGAUUUAUUAAUCUACCCAACAUCCCUGUCACUGGCUGAGUGAUUUAUUGAAUCUACCCAACAUCCCUGUCACUGGCUGAGUGAUUUAUUAAUCUACCCAACAUCCCUGUCACUGGCUGAGUGACUUAGUCAGCUACCCAACAUCCCUGUCACUGGCUGAGUGACUUAGUCAGCUACCAACAUCCCUGUCACUGGCUGAGUGACUUAGUCAGCUACCAACAUCCCUGUCACUAUGGCUGAGUGAUUUACAGUCAGCUACCAACAUCCCUGUCACUAUGGCUGAGUGAUUUAUAUUAAUCUACCCAACAUCCCUGUCACUAUGGCUGAGUGAUUUAUAUUAAUCAACCCAACAUCCUUGUCACUAUGGCUGAGUGAUUUACAUUAAUCUACCCAACAUCCCUGUCACUAUGGCUGAGUGAUUUAUAUUCAGCUACCCAACAUCCCUGUCACUAUGGCUGAGUGAUUUACAGUCAGCUACCCAACAUCCCUGUCACUAUGGCUGAGUGAUUUAUAUUAAUCUACCCAACAUCCCUGUCACUAUGGCUGAGUGAUUUAUAUUCAGCUACCCAACAUCCCUGUCACUAUGGCUGAGUGAUUUACAGUCAGCUACCCAACAUCCCUGUCACUAUGGCUGAGUGAUUUAUUAAUCUACCCAACAUCCCUGUCACUAUGGCUGAGUGAUUUAUUAAUCUACCCAACAUCCUUGUCACUAUGGCUGAGUGAUUUACAUUAAUCUACCCAACAUCCCUGUCACUAUGGCUGAGUGAUUUAUAUUCAGCUACCCAACAUCCCUGUCACUAUGGCUGAGUGAUUUAUUAAUCUACCCAACAUCCCUGUAACUAUGGCUGAGUGAUUUACAGUCAGCUACCCAACAUCCCUGUCACUAUGGCUGAGUGAUUUACAGUCAGCUACCCAACAUCCCUGUCACUAUGGCUGAGUGAUUUAUAUUAAUCUACCCAACAUCCCUGUCACUAUGGCUGAGUGAUUUAUAUUAAUCUACCCAACAUCCCUGUCACUAUGGCUGAGUGAUUUAUUAAUCUACCCAACAUCCUUGUCACUAUGGCUGAGUGAUUUAUAUUAAUCUACCCAACAUCCCUGUCACUAUGGCUGAGUGAUUUAGUCAGCUACCCAACAUCCCUGUCACUAUGGCUGAGUGAUUUAUAUUAAUCUACCCAACAUCCCUGUCACUAUGGCUGAGUGAUUUAGUCAGCUACCCAACAUCCCUGUCACUAUGGCUGAGUGAUUUAGUCAGCUACCCAACAUCCCUGUCACUAUGGCUGAGUGAUUUAGUCAGCUACCCAACAUCCCUGUCACUAUGAAUGUAAAUCACUCAGCCAAUCUAAAUAAAUGUUUUUGUAAGUUGAAUAUUUGAGGUUUUAUGCAGUAUUCAUAAUCUGUAUGGUUCUCUGGUUUAGGCGAUUUGCAUAAAUAUGAUUAUGCAGUUAAUUCCAUCAGCAUAACAUUAAAACUGUUUUGAUACACUGAGA